UUGCUCUCUUCGCUGGAUCUCGCCUCUGUCGGGAUAGACCCACUGGCCCACACAUCGAUGCUCCUCGUAUAGACCCAGCAGUGUACCAGGGCAGGAAACCAGAUAUAUUUGUAUGGAUAUGGAUGGAGAGCUGCAACAGCAGCACAAGAGGAUGAUGGUGCAGAUGCAGCAUUAGAAGUAGUAAAGCGCCACCACCGCUGUCGCCCACCUCGUGAACGUGUUCCUGACACAGCCCCCCCUUCCUCCCUCCCUCCCUAAGCAGCUUUUAUGUCGGAUCUCACUUUAUGUUUCCCAUCUCAUUAAUAUUUUUUACUAUUAUGAUUCCUCGUUUUGUGUUGCUGCUGUUCAACUUCCUCUCGCGGGCUGGGUUCAUGGUGCGCUGCUGAGUGGUGGCCGCAACCGUGGGUUCAUGUGUGUUUUUUUCUUUUUGUUUUCUUUUUCCCGUUGAAGUGCUCUGAAUUUUUUUGAGAGGUGGGUGUAAUGAGUGGGGCGUUUGGAGGGUUGCGUGUUUGGGAUUAAUUCAAGGAUUCGGGGAUCCUUUGGUGAAUUUUGUCGUCGUUGUUGUAGUUGUUGUCGCGGUUUUCUGGAUCGGUAGCGAGUGCGUUGUACGAGAAUCGGGAGGGGGGUGGGGUGGGUACGGAAGUCCGAAUUCGAGAGAGCCUUGUUUGUAGGUGUGUGACACACGCGAUUGAUGGCGUCGGCUUGACUUGCGGGUUGCAUGGAUUGCUUGUUUGUCUCAUUGAGGUUGAAGCAGUAGACAAAAUUGCUGCUGAGAGUGCAGUGCUUUCCUUUGCAGAACUUGUGGUCUUGCAAAGAAGAGGUGUUCUACGAGUCUCGUGCUUUUUCAUUUCUCCACGCCCGAGGGGGUCUUGAAAGUAGUUGAAACUGUUUGUUCAGGUGAUAGUCAACGAAGACAGAAUAUAUUGGAAUCCAAUGCUUCGGAGGCUAGUCUCGGAGAUCAUCAGAGUGGCGUGUAGCUAGUGUGAGGGCUCUCCAACUCCAUCGUCAGUCUUUCAGAACAGUUUUGCAGUUAAAGUACAACGGCUUCUUCUGUGGGGGAUUGAACUCAGCAUCGCUUUGCCUCACAUGAUCUCAUUGUGUGGGACACAGGUUCUGAUUGUCUAGCGGAACCUUGCGACAUGGAUCACUGGCCGUGUUCGCAUUUUUGAGGGUGUAGAUUAGUUUUAUUUAUUUAUUUAAAAUCAAACUUUUUCUUAUUGCACUGCUGGGGAGGUGAGGUUUGUGGCUUAGCGAUCAGAGUUCGUAAGCGAUGGACGUCGCCAUUGAUUAUGUGCAGAAGCCCGCGAUUACAAAUGUCAGCGAGUGGAAGGAUUCGUACAGGCCAUUGCCUUACGUCUUCUUUGGCCUUUUGAUUGUGUGGAUGGUAUUAGUGUUGGCGUGGACUUUUAACACUUGGACCAAGCGGCAAUGGCAGAUUAGUAAUUUGCAAUGGCUGUUAACGGUUGUUCCAGUGCUCAAGUCACUAGUCCUCGGCCUUUCCUUCAUAUUUUGGUAUUCGUGCCUCACUUUAAGCUUCUGCUCAUUCUGGGUAGCAUUUGGAGUUUUCGUAUCAAGGAUCUUCUUCGAGACUGCUUGCUUAAUUGCCUUCCUUUUGAUUGCCCAUGGCUACUGUAUUAUGCACGAAAAUCUCUCUGUGUCAGAACGCCGCAGCAUUGCCGGCCUGGCUUCGCUGUUGUACUUGACCCUUAUCGGUUACAAGGCUGCUGUUCCUCAGUUCGCUGUUUUGGUGGUGUUAAUUUAUGGAUUUCUCCUUUACAUCAUAAUGGUACACAUUGCGCGCAAUCUUUCAGUGCUCAGGGAGCAGCUACAGCAGAUCCAAGUCGAAGGCGUUCAUAUGAUGCACACUGCUGUUUACACUAAAUACAUUAUAUUUAAGAGGUUUCAGCGUGGAAUUCUGAUGUUGUUUGUUGUUGAAAUUUUGAUGCAUGCACGGGCGGAUGGCAUGGUUAAUGAGUAUUGGAUGCGAUUGCUUGCUCGAGAGUGUGCGGAGAUUGCCAUAUUCUUGUACAUUGGAUGGACCUGUAGAUCAAAAGAGCCAACUCUAUACUUCUCAGUCGCUCCAACUAUUCAUCUCUCUGGUCAACGGAUCUUGCCACCCAUUUACAGUGUGGAGAUUAAUGAAAAGCAGUUCAACAAUUUGGAUCACAAAGAGUGGCACAUUGGAGUGCCCACCUCAAUCUCGGAAAAUGCAAGCACACAUAGGCCAAUGUUGGUGAUAGUUCAGAACCCAAGUAUGUCUGACAUUGCUUUCACUGAAAACUUUGACAAGGGAUUCACGAAGCCAAAAGAAGCCUUCACCAAUUCACCUAACUUUCAGAAAUCUUCUGCCUCAUUGGCACUAGCUGCUUCACCCAAGAGCCAUGAUUCAUCUUCAUCUUUGAUUGACCACGACGGACUGCAACUUCGGUUACGAAGCUGUGCUGAAAUCUCGCGGAGUACAGAAUGUGGUAGCCGGAGAGACAACCAACUCCCUGGGUGUUGUGAGCGGGUUGUGAAGGAGGGAAGCAGAUGCCUUGAUGUCAAGGAAGACAGAAAUUUCACGACAUUCCUUGACGAUGUGGUAGUAGAUGUGAAGGGGUUGAGGGGCUAUUCGUGUCUCUCUUUCGAAGGUUCUUGUAGUGAAUCACGGACGUUGCACUCAAGGUCGAAUUCAAGUAUGGGAAUGCAAGGGUUCGCUCCCCAUUCAGGCAUUGUAUGAUUUUAAGUCAACUAGAAGCCGCUCGUUUUUGUUCCUACAACCAGCCACCUUAAAGUAGCGUUGCAUUUGUGGAUAGUUAUCGUCGUGUAAACUAAGAGAUCAGAAUCUGUCAUCGAUUAUUCGAUGAGCUGGUCAUCUCACUGACCAGAAGAAUAAGUAUUUGCACAAUGUACAUGUGUAGAGUAGCUCAGCUUGCCUUGGGAACAGUUCUGGCGUGAGGGAACAUUAUAGUUUAGUCCUUGUAUGAUAGUAGAUUCUUGUUGUUGGUACAGCACAGAGAAUGCUGCUUCGUGAUUAAGAAAAUUCGCGGGGUAUUCUUAGUUGUGGAGUCACCAGCUAUAGUACGGAAUCUGUUUGUGACUAUUUUGUCACUUGGAACAGUUGUAUUAUAUACAUUCGUACAAAGUACGCGUUGGAAAUCAAAUUCAGUUCGUAAACGCUUGACUUAG